AGGAAUGAUUUUGAUUCUGUUUGUAGCUUUGUUGGAAUAAUAAAAAUACAUGGAUGAACCAGAUUGUUGAUCCUGAAGGAGGAAGAGGCCUUGAUGAGACAGUGAGGAAUUCUAGCAGAGGACAGGUCUCUGGUGAGGGCCUGGCCAGUUCAGACAUGCAGCACCAGCGCUUCAGCCAGUUCUCCUACAAAGACAGUGAUGGGCCCCGAGAGGUUUGCAGCCGACUCCACCAUCUCUGCCGUCAGUGGCUGAAGCCAGAGCGACACACAAAAAAUGAGAUCCUGGACCUGGUGAUCUUGGAGCAGUUCCUGAGCAUCUUGCCCCCAGAGAUGGGGAACUGGGUCAGGGAAUGUGGGGCAGAGACCUGCUCCCAGGCGGUGGCCCUGGCAGAGGGUUUCCUCUUGAGUCGGGCAGAGGCAGAGAAGGAGGAGAAAGAGCAGCAGGUCAAGAAUCUCUUGGUAGAAGUUCUGUCUGAAUUUCCUGUGGCUGAGAAGGCUCCAUUCGGCCCCAGGCAGAGUCCCCAGUGGAGGGCAAUCAAGAAGACAUGCGAUGGAGGGGUCCCAUAUCAAGGUGUGCAAACAUCCAAGAUAAUCUUCAAACAUAGGGAGAGAGGAGAACAUACAAUGAAUUCCUACUCCAUGGAAGAAAAUGCAGGAGAGAAGACCUUGGAACAGGUGACCUUUGAAGAUAUCACUGUGUACUUCACAAAGGAGGAGUGGGAACUGUUGGAUCGGAACCAGAGAUUUUUGUAUACUGAGGUGAUGAUGGAAAACUAUAAGAAUAUGUCCUACCUGGGUAAGGGACUUGAACCCCUUGCCCUUUGUGUAGAGAUGGAUGGUCCUUUCAUACUACAUUGUCAUAGCUCCAAAAGUGCUCAGAAACUUUAGUUGGCCCAAAGACCUGAAGCCAGGUUGUUAACUGGAGCUGGCUGCAGGAAGCAUACAACUCCCUUUAUUGUGACAUUGGGUGCCAGUCUGGUUCUGGGCAUAAUUCAAAGGGCUGAUUUUGACCUAUAAAACCCUACGCAGCUUGGGUCCAGGUGAUUUGAAGGACCGUAUCCCUCUUUACAAGCCCCCUGUAGUGUUGAGAUCAUUGGGAGAGGCCCUUCUCUCUGUUC